GAAAGCAAGUCACGUGAUCGCUAUCCCAUUCUCGCCAUUUUGAGUAGUGUGUGAGAGAGAAAAAGAGAGCUCUUUCUUCUUACUGUCUAAGAAUACAAGGGGAGUUUAAUUGCUCAGGCCAAAGAUCGCUGAAAAUACCCGCAUCAGUAUGGAGGACAGCAGUGGUGUGGCAGUCCUCAUCCCCCAUGCGAGGGGCCAGCAGGAUGCAGUCUUCAUCCCAGACCGGAUGGCAGCAUCCGUGGCCUCUCGUCUCCAGGGAAACAAGGAUGAGCAGCCAGAGCAGCACCAGCACCAUCGGCAAGCUGCCGACUCUCUCAUCCAGGUCAUCGAGAAGCUCAGCAAGAUCGUGGAGAAGCGGCCGCGACGCUGCACCACCGCUGGCAGGAAGAGGGCGGCCCUCGCCCGCUGCGUCUCGCCACCCGGCAACCCCUCCUGCCAGAGGGAAGCCAGCCCCGAGCCCCCGUCCCCCUGCAAGAGGGUGCGUGAGGAGGAUGAGGAUGAGGAGGAUGUUGAGGGUAAGGUGGUUCAGGCGGCGGAGUCAGGGGAGGGCGGGCCGAGCGAGGCAGCCGGCCGGACAGUGACGUGCUACCAGUGCAGCCUGUGCCGCUUCCUGUCGCCCACGCUGGCGGCGCUGCGCGAGCACCUGCACCAACACAACGAGCAGCACAGCGAGCUGCUCCUCAUGUGCUCCGAGUGCCGCUUCACCUCCAGCCGCCAGGACCAGCUGGAGGCGCAUGUGCGGCAGCACCUGGAGCAUGCGGAGGCAGAGGCGGAGGCGGAGGCGGAGGCGGCGGGGGGGGUGCCUACGCCAGCGGAGAGGUCGACUGGAGCCGCCGCCGCCGCCGAGACAGAGCCUUCCGGAAGUAGCACAGACGACUUGGCGCUUCGCCCACGCGAGGGAGGGAAAAAGUGGUACAGCUAUGAGCCGUGCGGUACGUACCGCUGCCUGAUCUGCAGCUACACGUGCGUGCAGCAGCGCAUGCUCAAGACGCACGCGUGGAAGCACGCCGGCCUGGUGGACUGCUCUUACCCGAUCUUCGAAGAUGAGGCAGAUCAGUCAGGCCAUCGAGACGCUCUCGUGGCCCCUACACCCAGUUACAGCGCUGCCCUGCCUCAUAUUGGGGAGGAGGAGGAGGAGGCCAUUGUGCUCCUCACAGCAGUAGGGGAGAAGCCGCAGGCCCUUCAUUCAGCCUCUGGCCUGCAGAUUGAACUCUGUGGCUCAGUGGGAACAGUUUUUGGGGAAGGGGAGAAGGUGCCUGGGGUGGUUACAGCCAAACAGAGUCUCCUGGAGCAGGAGGCGUUCUCUAAAGAUCACUCGGAGGAGCCUCUCCUGGAGGUCCAGGUCGCCACGGAUACGGAGCCGGCCGCAGAGGUGGAGCUCGAUCCUGACGGGCGGCAGGCAGGUGGAGCAGACACCCUCCUGAGCUCUGCCCAGAAGAUCAUCAGCAGCCGUGGCAACAGCGCCGGCCACGUCAACGUCAUAGUGGAGAGGCUGCCCUGCGCCGAGGCGCCCGUCACCAACAAACCCCUCCUUCUCAGCCCUGAAGUGGGCGGGGAUAAGAACCUGCUGGCGGCCGAAGAGGUGGAGCUUGAUGGCCAGCCCCACGCAGUCUUCUACCAGGAACCAGAGGAGGUGGUGAUUGACUGGAGUGGGGCCGACAAGCAGCAGGAGCAGCAGCAAAUAGAGGAAGAGUUAGAGCAGGAGGAGCAGGAGGAGGAGGAGGAGGAGGAGGAGGAGGACGGCUGCUGCACGACGACGACAGAGCUUCCCCUAGAUGAGAACGUGCCCCCAGCCCGCAGGAGGACCCACUCGGAGUCUCUGAGGCUGCAUUCACUGGCAGCAGAGGUGCUGGUAGCCAUGCCGACCCGCGCUCCAGAGCUGAGCAGGCUGGGUGUUAAGGUCACAGCACCCCUACGCCCCCAGAGUCCCGACACAGGCCAGCGCCCCGACACGGGCCAGCGUCUGGCAGAGACGCCCACCGUCGCCCAUCACCACAGAGCUGCCCCCUCUGCCGAGCUGGCACUGGGGGUGGACGUUCCUGCCGCGUUGCCCGAACCGCCCCGGGAGGACGCGCUGGCUGAGGGUCCCACAAAGGCGGGCAUCAGCCUGUCCCUGCUGACGGUCAUCGAGCGGCUCCGCGAGCGAUCCGACCAGAACACCUCGGACGAGGACAUCCUCAAGGAGCUGCAGGACAACGCCCAGAGCCACCCGGCGGGCACGGGCACCGGUGUGGGCAGCGGUGGAACGGGGGGCACCAUAGCGGGCGACCCCACUCUGCUCGCCGAGGGAGGCCUGGUGGAGUUUGUGGCGGGCAGCGAGCGGCCCUACCGAUGCCGGCUGUGCCGCUACAGCAGCGACAACAAAGGCUACAUCAAGCAGCACCUGCGGGUGCACAGGCAGAAGCAGCCGUACCAGUGCCCCAUCUGUGAGCACGUGGCACUGGACAGUAAGGACCUGGAGAGCCACACCCUCCACCACUGCAAGACCAGGACGUACCCCUGCAAGCAGUGCAGCAAGGCCUUCUACUACAAGAGUCAGCUGAGGAGUCACGAGCGAGACCAGCAUGGGGUUGGCGACGCCACGGCAACACUGACGCCCCUCUCGGAAACCACGGCGACCGCGCCAGAGGAACCGGACCGGACGACGGAAGAGGUGGCAGAUCCACUCAGCACCCAGAGGGUGUACAAGUGUGAUGUGUGCGACUACACCAGCUCGACCUACGUAGGCGUCAGGAACCACCGCAGAAUCCACAACUCGGACAAACCCUACAGGUGCUGCAGCUGUGACUUUGCCACCACCAACAUGAACAGCCUAAAGAGCCACAUGAAGAGGCAUCCUUUGGAGCACCAGGCGGUCCAGCUGCUGGAACAGUACAGGUGUUCCCUUUGUGGCUAUGUCUGUAGCCACCCGCCAUCCUUGAAGUCGCAUAUGUGGAAGCAUGCCGGCGAUCAAAACUACAACUACGAGCAAGUGAACAAGGCCAUCAACGAAGCCAUCUCCCAGAGUGGCCGUUCUCCCGCCGCCAGUCAGAAAGCCCCAGCGUUGGCGGAGCCCACAGCCGAGCCCCCCGUGGUUCUUCUGGGCAGGCAGGAGAAAUUCCUGCCGGUGCCCACGGGGCCGGCGAGGCCAGCCGGCACCGGGCCCGGGGACAGCCCCACGGGCCCCUGUGCGGCGCGGGAGCGGCUGGAGGGAGGCGGCACGCCGCUGCCGGCGGCUAAGGAGCGGGCGGGUCUGGAGUACUGCAUGCUGCUCUUCUGUUGCUGCAUCUGCGGCUUCGAGUCCACCAGCAAGGAGCAGCUGCUGGAGCACAUGAAGGAGCACGAGGGAGACAUCAUCAGCAUCAUCCUCAACAAGGAGCAGCAGCAGCAGCAGCAGCAGCAGCAGCAGCAGCAGCAGCAGCAGCAGCAGCAGCAGGGGCAGCAGCAGCAGCAGCAGCCUCCACCGCUGCCAACAGAGGGCAGUGUGGAGCCGUGAGCGAGCGUAUCCACUCAGGCACUGCCCCCCUGCCUCACCUUCUCCCUUUCCCCUCUCCUCUCUUGUUUAUCUGUCUGUCUCUUUCCCCCCCAUAUCCCUGCACACUGUAGAGCCAGUAAAUGUUUCACGCGGAGCCUGUGCACUUUACUCACACACACAGACACUCACACACACACGCACGCACGCACGCAUACAUAUCAGUCAAUCAACAUACUAUGCUCGGAAAUGGGUUGUGUUUUUUGUUUUUUUUCCCCCAAAUAUCUUCCCAAUAUUUUCCUUCCCCAGUUUCUCCUCAUUAUGCCUUGGCUGUUCAGAAGAUGGCCUCCACCUCCCCUUUCACAUGCAUGGACUCAGAAAGGGUUUUUUGCAGAAACAAAAGAGUUCUCAGAUAGCGUUGUUACAAGUGUAGGCUUAAACAUUGUUGUACAAUAGCUGAAGAAGGAAUUGAAUUCAAUGCCUAUCAUACCUCACAACUAGACUCAGCAGAAAUGAGCAGCUUUGCGUAGAAACGGUUUGUGUUGCAUUAAACACAAAGGCAGCUUCUCUAUUUCUUUGUAACGGUAUUUAUGUUGACAAGGUUUGCAUUGAUGGUUUAGGUUUCACUGGCCAUGCUAGCCAUGUUGCAGAGGAGUAGAUUGGGUGCUUGGGUUAUUGUUUGUGUAACCGGUUGUACUUGCAUUGAUAUUUAUCCAGUUUAUUUAUAGUGCUGCAUUUAUUUCCGUUAUGUCUGUUGACAUACACAUGUGUGCCUUUACACACACACACUCAAAGCACACAGAAACGCUCACGUAGUGUGUAGACCUACAUACACAGGGGAGCAUCUUCACCUGUAUGAAGGACCGAGGGUUUCCCUUGGUUUGGUGCUUUUCUCUUUGAGCAGACCAUGAGUAGAUGUUUAGUUUGAGGUCGAGUGCGCUCUAGACCUCAGUCAUGCCAGUAGAACGCUGUGUAGUUCAUUAUUGCCAUCUGCGGUCUUUAAGACACCACCCAUAGGUCAAGUUCUCAUGGUCAUACGCUACAUUACCCCAGAGUUCUUAUUUAUCUGGUAGUACAAUUAUUACUAGUAUUUAUUAUAAGAUAAUGUGUAAUUUGUUUUUGGAUAAUUCUGAAAUUUCCAUUAUUAUUAUUAUUAUCAUUAUUAUCAUUAUGAAUUUCCAAGAUUCAACGAGUUAUCUUGCAUAGGAAUGGUAGUCUAUAGAAUAAGAAUUUUAAGUGUGUCUUGUAGAACCAAACCAACAGGUCAGACCUCAUUGCAGUUGUAGUUCUUUUAUUCAGCAGUUAGUUCAUUGAGGAUGCCGUUCUCACACUGGUCCAAGUUUUCUUAUUUUCCGCUUCAUGUUCACCUGCCAGUGAUUUGGCCGUAGCCGCGGUAGACUUCCUCUCAGACGGACCGGGCCGUUCGGACAAUCUCUACCUCCUAUUUCCAGAUUGUCUGCCCUGAAGGCCCCUGACCUCAGUAUCUCAUUCUGGGAGCAGCGAGGAGACGUUAUUCUGUAUGCAGAAUAUUUCCCACAGAAUCAUUUGCAUGCGCCUUCUGCUUCCCGUGUCAACAGAAAGCAAUGCAAAAUCAUGAGGCUAAAAUGAAAAUCCAUAAUUCAUGGGAGUUCUUCUAUAUUUUUUUCAUUUUUUUUGGGAUAGCAUUUGUAUAGCAAAAGUGUAUCAAAGAAAUGAAAUCGUUAUCGUUGCUGUUUCAAGAAUAAGACGGUAAAAAAAAAAAAUUAGCAUACCAGAUGAUUAAUUUACAAUUCAAAAUGAUGUGGCAAUGCUACCAUGGCUUGUAUGAAAGCCUGGCCUGCCACCCUGCUUUGCAUAAUGAAGUGCUUUGACAGGAGCCGGUGUGAAGUCCUACAUGAUGCCACCCCAGGUUCCCUCUGGUGUCAUAACACUCUUGACCACUAUAAAGAGUCAUGAUGUAGGCUACAAACCUUCUGGAUUCUGGAGUGAUUGGCAUUGACUAUUGACUGAACUACCAAAGUAUUCCAUACAUUAUGCAUCCAGCACACCAAGGCAGUCUCCCUCAUUCCACAGAACUUUUGACAGUUGAAAAGAACGAAAAGGAUCAAAGGGCAAAAGGGUUGUAUUUAUUUUUUGGAUUUUUUUUUUCAGCAACAACAAUGUUGAUGUUUGUUCCCCAUUCACUCACAUUUGUUUACGUGAGGCACUUGUCUUAGACCUCUUACAUGGACUGUGAAACUUCAAGCCUCCAUCAAGCCUUCACACUUCAUGUCCGUGGAUGCAAAAGGAAGCUACGAAUGCAUUCUUAGCAAAUCGGACUUUGUGUACUGCCGACAUUUAAGAGAAUGUUUGUACGCUGUACUGUCAUUUUUACCUGAAAAAUGUCCCUUAUUCAUAUCGGCUUGGGAUGUUAAGGGAUAAGGCCCGAGUGGUACAUGGAAGUGUUGAGCUACAUGUAAGGCUGUCAACAGUGGGUACCCUAGAAACCCCUUUGGCGUCAUGGCAACCCUGAAUUGAGUUCUCCUGUCUCACUGUUGUGUCUUUCUAUGAAGCAUCGCAAGCCAUGGUACUGUAGUCUGGCAUCCAACAUGACUGGUCAUAAGAAGAAAAUGUAUUCUGUAGUAUUGAAAACUGACAUGUUUUUGUAAAGAAUGUCUAUUUUUCUAAAUGCCUUGUUAAAACACUACAGGGAAAAAAAUAGCCUACAAAAAAAAUAGCCAACUUUAAACUUUUUUUAAGCCAAAGUAUCAAGGGAUGGUUUUCUCAUCAUUGCAUUGUAUCUGAGGGAAUGACUAGUUUUAGUAAUUUAAUUUAGCACAUUGAGCUGCAUGUUUUGGUGCCAAAGGAGGGAAGGGUUUCUAAGCUCAGGGUGACAAUGUCACGUUGGCUCCAGUUCUCUCCUACAGAAUUCAAAUGUUCAACUACAGCCAACUCCGGCUUCAUGUUAAUGUUCGAGUUCAGCUCAAUCAGCUUGCUCUUCAUACUGUAUUCUGUUAUGAUUUUGCCAAUGUAUUUUUGGUAAUAAAGGUUAAGAUAAGACUG